CGCGGCUCUCUUCUUGAGCGCUGAGCUACACCGCCUCCGCUCCGCUCCUCUCGGAAAUAAACUGUCCGUUUGCGGCAGCCUUGGUGUUGGGGGAAGUGUCAGGCGCUUUCUCCGGUUGCUAACACAGAAAUCCACCUACUGUAAUUAGCUAAUAAAGCACAGCCGCGCGGAAAGAGAGAGAGAGAGUCGGGGCACCUCUAGGAAUGUCAGCGAAACCGAAACGCGAUUCGGCUGCUCAAGUCGGGAGAUCAGGACCGGACAGUUGCGUUUUCUGUCUUCUGAUGCCUCUUUCCUGCGUAAAUGCACUUCGUUUUUAAAAAGAACGUCGCUGAAUUUUAGUUAAGAAGGGAGAAAAGGCGUCUUAUUCCUGCGUAUCCGUGUUUCGCGUGUUUUAAAAUGAAACACAAACAAAAUAAGAGACUUUGCACAAAACGUGAACUUUCUUCUAAGUAGAAAUGAGGAGAAAUUAAGAAACCAGAACCGAAAUGCGUUGUAUUAGAAAUCAUGUGUGUAACGGGUUCAAGUGUUUAUUGGAGGUAGAUGUUAAGAGUUUUUAAUCUCGGGUUUCGGAAUCGCGCUGGGUCGGGAUUGUUCCGGUCGGUCCAGUAGCGACCAGAUGUCCAAGCCCGGCUCAGGUGCGCGAGGCAGCCCGAGCGACAGGCGUCCCGUUGCAAUUAAGAAAUAAGAUCUCCGGCGCGCACGAAACCCAGACCGAAGCAUCCUGUCGCUGUCUUGUCACUGCGCAGUUCUGCAAACUAUUCAGGAAAAGGCAGUUCUGGGAAAUUGAGGUGGUGGUGGUGUUGGUGUUGUUGUUUUUUUUUCAUAGGCUAAAGGCGUGAAAGCGGGCUCGCUGCUGGCUGUCGAGAGCCCCGGGGAUCAAUCCCAAUGAAUUUACUGCUCAUACAAUUUUAAUCGGCUCGCUGACAGAUGUCGCCGCGGAAGUGUAUGACAGACGAACGCGUUGGCUGAUGUGAAACAGCCGUCACGGGAUUGAAAGACAGAGGUUCGGGGGGACGCAGCUCGCGGAGCCGCCGCUAGAGGCCCUCCGAGCCCGGCCGUGCAGGAGCGACGCUUCCCCGCUGUCAAGGGGGGGGGGGCGGAGGGAGCGAGAAGGAGCCGGAGCCGCAGCCGUGCACAGAGCGCGCUGCCCCUGCCGCCGGUGAGCACGAGGCCAGGCGGCGCUGUGACCCGGAGCCCAGGCGCGGGGGGCCACCGCGCGGCGCGGUGCCGGAGCCGGGGGGAGGGAGGUGCGCGCACACUCGCUUGCAGAACAGCCCCGGAGACGCCGGCUCUUCCAUCUGGUCUCCGCCGCCAGACGGGAUGGCUAAGGAAUCCACGGCCAAGGCUGCCCGGAAACCCAGCGCCUCGCACUGGAGGAUGCAGAACAUUGUGCAGGAGUCCGUGGAGAGCUCAGAUGAGGAGUUCUUCGAUGCCCGAGAAGAAGUGAUGGAAGGGAAGAGUGCGAUGCUGCUGGGCAUGAGCCAGUGGAACUCCAACGACCUGGUGGAGCAGAUAGAGACCCUGGGUCACAUGGACCAAUCGCAAGAGAGCCUCUACCGGCUGGGCCACCCUCGCUACACCGCCCAGAGCAGCAUCGAUGGGCUGGAGGACAUUGAGAGGAAAUGCAAGAUCCACGUCCUCCUCCUGCUCCUGCACGGGGGCAACAUCCUGGACACCGGCGGAGGGGACCAGAAGUCCAAGGUGACAGACCUGAGCACGCUGAGCACGGUGCUGGAGAAGGUGGCCCGGGCGCACUUCCAGAGCGCCGCCGAGCACAUCCUCAUCAGGCUGGUGCCCUGCCCAGCCGUCUGCGCCGACGCCUUCUCUCUCGUGUCCAACCUGAACCCCUACAGCUACGACGAGAGCUGCGUGUCCAGUAGUGUUGACCACCUGCCCCUGGCUGCUCUCCCUCUCCUUGCCAUCGCCUCGCCACAUUACCUGGAUGCGGUUGCCACGGUGAUCAGCCGCGCCAAUCAGGUCUACCAUGAGUUCCUCAAGUCCCAGGAAGGGGCCGGGUUCAGUGGACAGGUGUGCCUGAUUGGUGACUGCGUGGGGGGCGUCCUGUGUUUCGAUGCCCUGUGCUUCAGUACCAGUCAUCGGCCAGAGAGCCCCAGCAGCAGCCGCAACGACAGCACUGAAAGCUUGAAGCGUACGUUUGACAAGGGUGGGACCAGACCAUUGCAGGGAAAACACAUGCUCACUGACUGUCUGUCUUCUCUCCUGCUGCAGGACACUGAUGUCUCCUUUUGCGAGUGUCCCUCUCUGCCCAUGUGUGUGGCAGCACAGCUCCGUUCUCUCCCAGUCCGGUCUGUGCUGCAGGAUGCUGAUCGCUGUAUCUCUCUCUCUCUCCCCCCCCCAAACCCCAGUCUGCUGCAGGAGGAGGGCGUGCUGAGGCCCGGCAGCAACUCCAGUCUGGUCCUCAGCCCUGGGCGUUUCGACUUUGACGUGUCGGACUGUUUCCUGCUGGGCUGCCCCCUGGGGCUGGUGCUGGCCAUGAGGAGGACGGUGCUGCCCGCUGUCCAGGUGACCCAGCUCCGCCCGGCCUGCUCCCAGCUCUAUAACCUGUUUCACCCCGCCGACCCCUCGGCCUCGCGGCUCGAGCCCCUGCUGUAUCCGCAGUUCCACCAGCUGCAGCCGUUCGCCGUCCCGCGGUACCAGCGCUACCCGCUGGGCGACGGCCGCUCCGCGAUGCUGGCCGAUGCCAUCCACAGCAACCCCGUGAUUUUCCUGGAGGGGGGAUCCAGCCCCAACCCUCCCCGGCCUGCGUCCCCCGAGCUGGGUGGGACCGGGGCAAACCGGGUGGGGCGCGCGCCGUGGCGGGGCAGCCUGACCAGCAUCGACAGCGAGACCUCGGGGUGCUCCCUCAGCCAGCUGGGCAGCACCAUCUCCACCGUCUCCAGUACCUGGUGGGGGACGAAGCGGCUCGACUAUGCCCUCUACUGUCCGGAUGUCCUCACUGCGUUCCCCACUGUGGCACUGCCACACCUCUUCCAUGCCAGCUAUUGGGAAUCCACCGAUGUUGUGGCCUUCGUGCUCCGACAGGUGAUGCGCUGCGAUUGCCUGAAAGCCCAGCAGGCGGAUGGCUCUGACUCCGCCCCUUUCUCGCCCUCCAGCCCGCGGGAGAAGUGGCUUCGGCGCCGUACUCACGUCAAGCUGAGGAACGUCACUGCCAACCACCGGGUGAACGAUGUCAUCGCUGCGGAGGACGGCCCCCAGGUGCUGGUUGGUCGGUUCAUGUACGGGCCGCUGGACAUGGUGACGCUCACGGGGGAGAAGGUGGACAUCUUCCUGAUGACGCAGCCGGCCUCGGGCCGCUGGGUGCACUUUGACACCGAGGUCACCAACAGCAACGGCCGCGUCUCCUACACGGUGCCGGAGGGCAAGCGGCUGCCCGUGGGCGUCUACCCCAUCAAGAUGGUGGUCAAGGGUGACCAGACGAGCGCAGAGGCCUUCCUCACUGUGCUGCCGCGGGGGAUGGAGUGCGUCGUCUUCAGCAUCGAUGGCUCCUUCGCCGCCAGCGUCUCCAUCAUGGGCAGCGACCCCAAAGUGCGGCCGGGCGCGGUGGACGUCGUCAGGCACUGGCAGGACCUCGGCUACCUGAUCAUCUACAUCACGGGCCGGCCGGACAUGCAGAAGCAGCGCGUGGUGUCCUGGCUCUCGCAGCACAACUUCCCGCAGGGCAUGAUCUUCUUCUCCGAGGGGCUGGUGCACGACCCCCUGCGGCAGAAGACCAUCUUCCUGCGCAACCUGGUCCAGGAGUGCCACAUCAGGAUCAGCGCUGCCUACGGCUCCAUGAAGGACAUCUCAGUGUACAACAUGCUGGGCCUCAGCCCCACUCAGAUCUACAUCGUGGGCCGACCCUCCAAGAAAUACCAGAACCAGUGCCAGUUCCUGAGCGAAGGCUACGCCACGCACCUGGCCUCCCUGGACUUCGGCCCCCGCCCGCGCCCCAAGAAGAGCUCUGCCCGCAUGGUCCUGCGCAAGGGCAGCUUCGGCCUCUCCGCGCAGCCCGACUUCCUGCGCAAGCGCACCCACCUGCGCCGCACCAUGUCCGUGCAGCAGCCCGACCCCCCCUCCGCGCCCAACCCCAAGCCCGAGCGGGCGCAGAGCCAGCCUGAGUCAGACAAGGACCACGAGCGCCAGCCGGGCGGCGGGGUGUGGACGCGGGGGUCCGUGCACCGCGGCAACACCACGCCCUGAGGCGGAGAGGGGCGGCCGGGCACGACGGCUUCCACAUCUUAGCUGAACAGACGUCUGCCAAACGUUAAACCUGACCCAAGAGCUAUCACCCACUGCUCCUGGCGGAAGAAACCAGGCUUUCUCCUGCUCUGGCUCAAAACUCCCUGGAAAGCAAUCUGAUUUCAAAAGCACUUUUAAAAAAAAAAGUAAUAUACAGCCAGCCUAAUAAAUCACAGUGUUUAAUAAACCCCCCCAAAAAAGAGAACGUUACAGAGCCCAAAAUUAACAAACCAGUACUUGUAUGUAUUUGUUUAGGAGUUGUCAAAACAGAUGAUACUCCCGAUACAGUUAAUCUAACUGAGAAAUCCUGGGAAAUAUAAAUCUUUCAGGAAAAAAAGACAAUCUUUGGCCUAAAAAUAAAUCCAACCCAGGAGAAAACAAGUCUGGGAACAGCCAAAAGGAAAACUUAUUUAUGGGUGAAAUGUUCCUGUAGGGCAACAGUCUACUGUUCCAUUUGUAAAUGUGAGACUCUUGUCUUUACUGCAGUGUACUCUAUACUGUACUCUUCCUGCCCCAGGCUUCUGUCACUGUGCACUAGCAGUAUAAAAGGAUUAAAUGUUACUAUAUAUAUUAUAUACAUCAUGUAUGUGUGUGAACUCUCAAACAGAUUAAGGGCAUUUGUGGGGAGGGCUCUUUUAUAUCUUAUGUGAAAGGAUAUCUAUCUAAAAGGGCUUUGAAGCAGCAGCUCGUAAGACGUUCCAGAAAGAACAGACGCCAAACGUUGGCGCACUUACAGAAAAAUAGAAAUCUUGUAGGAGAAGGUUUUUCCGGGCUUUUAAAAUUUGUCUUUUAAACCUAACGGCAAGCCCAAGCAAUACUCUACUGACAGCGGCUGGAGAAGGGCAGGGAUUAAUGCUGGGGUGCUAGGUGAGUCUGGGCUGGGGGGUAGACGGGGCGAUGAGAGGCCGGGACGUCCCGCCAACAGAGCGAGUGCCUGUCGACGGCGGCACAGAGGCGCCGAAGAGCUGUGGGCGCGAUGCUCAGUGCGGGACAGUACCACCAGUCAAGGACAGCUAAGGACUAUGCACCCAGAGAGAGCCGUCCGGUGGGAAUGUCGCAGUCACCCACAACGCACUGCGUGGCGGAACGCCUUCCGAAAAGGGGACUGCACACGCCCUGUUCAGGUCAAACUUAUUUUUCUAACACGGUAAUCCUGUACAUAUUUGAAAUAGACCUAUAAGGUGUUUUUCCGGUAGUGUUGUUUAUCAAGAAUUUGUCGUCAAAUUAUUUAUUUUUUUGCCUUUUACUGGUGUUAAUGUCUGGGACGAGGGAGAACGUUGCAUUUAUUAUCCCUAUUGCUUGACCAAAGUAUUUUUGUUUCAAGUCAAUGAAAAAGUGCAAAGUGUUUUCUAACUGUUUUUUGUAUCUAUGAUAUAUAUAUAUACAGGCUAUAUAGAAAUAUAUUCACACAGACAUAUAUAUGCAUAUAUAUUUAUGUAAAACGUGUGUAAUGCUGCUUUGUUUGGGGGAGGAAAAAAGCAGGCAUUCUCUAGGUGUGUGGUACAGCGAUCCACAAGGCAGCCUCUCAAUACGGAUUGACUUAUUUUUAGACAUAUAAUGUGCAAAUGCUGUGUCAGAGAUUUUAUAUUGUUAAGUUUAAUUCAGACAUUAUGGGCAAACGUAAAAUUUUCAGACUGCAUAUGCCGUAGAGGUAAUUUAAUAACGAGGCGGGUCUAGUCAAGGAUAAUUAACCUCUUAAAUCGAUGGCACAAUAUAAGUAUAUUGUUAUCUUAUCAAACAGCAAAGAAGGGUUUUAAUCAAGCUGCGCUGCUCCUAUAAGAGAUUCGUCGGGUCCUUAGACCGUUGUGCACAAGAAGGCCUUUGUAAAAAAAGUGGUGUCUCGAAGCAGGCUUGUCGAAGUCACCCUUGUUCGAGACUGUCCAGAGUGUUGCAUGUCCAAGCCUAUCGGUGGUGGACUUUCUCAGUUUUACUUUGCAAUUGUAAAAUAAAACGGGGAACACCAACGGGUUUGAAGUUACAAUGCGCUUCAGUGGCAGAGAGUGUUUCAGUGUUGCCUUGCUGUCGCAGUUCAGUGGUGUGUUUGUUGACCACUUGUGACUUUUUCUGUUGCUACACAGGUUAAAAAACGGGCACCCGUCUCGCACAAGUCGAACCCGGGCGUUUGUACGGUAUAUGAUUAUUCCUGCUUGCCUGUUUUUUUUAUGUUGGUUGCCUUGAGUGUGUCUGGGCGUGUGAUUUAUCUGAUUGCUACGCCCUUGGGGCAUAUCCACAGCUAAAGUUUUACAUAUAAUGCUUGCUUUUACCUGACAGAGAAACAGACAAGGAGAAAAUGGGCUCUGAACUUAUGGCUAAAAUUUGCUUACGUUACAAAACAGGGUACCAAGCAAAAUCGCUCUUUAAGCAGGAUAAUCGCUCUUUGACACUUUCUUUCCUGUGCAAUUUUUUUUAACUCUUUGUUCCUGCUAAUCCCUAGUUAUCAACAUGAUCUAUAGCACUUGGUCAAAUUAAGCAAUUAAGGGUCAGUUCAGAACAGCAAUUAAUUUAUUGGACUGUUCAAAGUUCUCUCAAAUGCCCUGGAAUGAAAGUGUUCAAAUGGACUACUUCUGCUCUAAGUCUAGGCACAGCAUUGCACCUUAUCUUUCAACUGGAGGGAAAAAACAUCUUUUUAGUAAUGUGGAAUUAAGCAUAUUUAUUUUAAAAUGCUUUAAAAUGGCCUAUUGCUCUGACUGCUGUUAUUUGUUGACAUGUAAAAUGCUAGGAGCGUGGCCAAUCAUUUUCUGUCUAAAGCCAAUGUCACUCCUGAAAUCAAAGGAUAUCCCUUUCACUUGUAAAAAUAUACUAGUGCCCCCACUAGUAUAUUUUGAGCAACAGGGAAAUGAAGUCUUAUUGGGGGCACUAGUAUAUUUUUAUAAGUGAAAGGGAUGAAAAUUCAGCUAGAAGGACUAUAGGCCAGGCAUGCCCCCCAACCAACAGGUUUUCUGUGAUCCUCAACAGCGUGAGAUUUGUGCUAGAAAAGGUUGAACCCAAGGCUGAAUUAGACUUGGCUGCCGACUCUCCUGCACAGAGACUGAAGCUGCUUGGGAAAUAGGGACUUGUAAAAAAGAAACCCAAUGUGAAACAAAACUCUUGAUAGGUUGCCCAUCUCAUGGUCUGGAAAUUCCUCCUCACAGGGCACUGUAUACAAUUCUAACCAGCUGCCAUCUCUGAGACUCUGCGUGACUGUGCCCUUGUAACCAAAGUGCUACCAAACACCCCAGAGAGCAUUCUGGGACCAAUGUAUUUUAGCCAGGUGUGUGUGUGUGUGUGUGUGUGUGUGUGUGUGUGUGUGUGAUGUGAGAAGGUUGGAAUUCAAUUCUACUGUAAAGCCUGCAGUUGCUUGUAUUGUUUUUUUUCCUGUGUGGGUAAAAAAAAAACACUUUAAAAAUGUUCUGUACAGAUUUGUAUUUGUAGAUCUGGAACAUGGUUUGUAUACUAUGGUGCAGAUUUUAAUUGUGAAAGUUGGGUUUUUAAUAUCUUCCGGAUAUUACUUAAAUAAAAAACACACAUGCUGGAA